AGAUGAUACGGGGGGGACGCUAUCGUAGUCGUAAAGGCUUGGUAGGGUUUUUAGUUUGCUCUCUCUAUAUACUCGAUUCGAUCUCACUCGUCUCUGCUUCGAUUCACGAGUACCGGGACGAAUCUUUCGCUACUCAGUCCAGUGUCUUCUUCUUCCAUGGAGGUAGCGAAGGCCUCUACGCUUCCAACUUCCACGAUUCAUCUCCCAAUUCUUCUGAUUCUUCCUACAAACCCAAGUCUUUCAUUAGAUUUGAAAAUGUCAUCUUUGUGAGGUCAAAAGAGUCCAGUGAGAAACAGAAUCCGAUGCAGAGUGGGACUGGAUUGGUUGAAACUAUUAUAGUUGAGGUAAAAGACAGGGAAAGAAUUGGAGGUGCUUUUCUAAAGUCUGAUGCAAUAUGUUGCACCCCAGAACUUUCCCAGGAUAAAUCCUGCAAGGUAGGGGAGGUUAUUAUUCACAAAAACCUAGACAAUCCCGAGUGGCCAAAACGCAUUCAAACUUUCUUUGAAGGAACACGUCAAGAAGCUAAGAUGACUCCUCAAAAUGUGAAAAUACAAAAUACUGGAAUGUACUAUCUUUAUUUCAUGUUUUGUGAUCCAGAGCUCAAGGGCACAGUAGUUCGGGGUAGAACUGUGUGGAGGAACCCAGAAGGUUAUUUACCUGGGAAGAUGGUCCCUAUGAUGACUUUCUAUGGAAUUGUAGCUUUAGCUUAUCUUGUACUUGGCCUAAUGUGGUUUUUACGGUUUGUCCAAUUCUGGAAGGAUAUUAUACAGUUGCACUACCACAUUACAGCAGUAAUUGCUCUUGGAAUGUGUGAAACAGCUCUCUGGUAUUUUGAGUAUGCAAAUUUAAAUGCCACAGGAAGCAGACCAAUGGGCAUCACAUUGUGGGUAGUAACCAUUAGUGUUGUUAAGAAGACACUAUCUCGCUUGCUUCUUUUGGUGGUUUCAAUGGGCUAUGGUGUGGUGAAGCCUACCCUUGGUGGUGUAACCUCAAGAGUACUUCUUCUUGGUAUGAUAUAUUUUGUAGCUUCAGAGGCUCUUGACCUUGUCGAGCAUUUGGGGAACAUCAAUGACUUCUCUGGAAAAGCUAAGAUAUAUUUGGUGCUUCCUGUUGCUUUUUUGGAUUCGUGGUUUAUAUUGUGGAUUUUCUCUGCAUUGUCCAAAACAUUAGAAAAACUUCAGAUGCGGAGAAGCAUGGUCAAACUUGAGCUCUAUCGGAAGUUUACCAAUUCCCUUGCAGUUUUUGUGUUGCUUUCUAUUGGUUGGAUUGGCUAUGAGCUCUACUUCAAUGCAAGUGACCCAUUAAGUGAGCUAUGGCAAUUUGCCUGGAUAAUUCCGGCUUUCUGGACUCUGCUUGCAUUCUCUCUCUUGGUGGUGAUAUGUGUUCUUUGGGCUCCUUCAAGUAACCCGACUAGGUAUGCAUAUGCAGGAGACACAGCAGAUGACUUUGAUGAGGAGGCUAUCUCACUGACAAGUGCAGUGAAGGUAUCUGGUGCAACGGAGCAUGUAACUGGGCUAAGUGAAGAUCUUGAGGAGGAUAAGCGAGAAUAAUUGUCGAAGCUUUUCUCGUAAGCUAUGUUUGAUUUGUAUGGCAAUUUGCCUUUUCUUCAGUGUUGUACAAUCCGUGCUGCAUGUACGAAGUGGUAUACUACAAUCAACUAUGAUGAACUCGAUAGUAAAAUCAUACGGCUCAGUUGUAAUUGUCUGAUCACUUUUCUUUAAGCUAUGGGAGAGAAAUUUACUUAUGUUUGAUCUCUUGUGUAUGGAAUCAUGACCAUAUACAAGUGCAAGGAAGGUUACUCGUUUUUCUUAUCAUGAGCUGUGUGCGCUUCUUCUUGUUACUGCAAUCAAAGUAGACAGGCCUGUUUUUAUUUAUU